AUGAACGAGAUCUACAAAGCUGCACUGGCUGAGGGAGGCAUCGUCACCGCCUGGAUGGGUGGUGACGAAAGUGACCAGCAAGAUAGUCUGAAAUCUUCCUUUGAAGCAGCUUACCCAGGUGUCAUUCUCCAUGUCACUGUGGAUUUGUCUAAAUAUAUUGACUCCAGGAUUGAUUUUCAACUGUCUCAGGGAAAUUUGAUUGUCGAUACAGUUGCGAUACAGACCCUACAAGAUUUUCCAAGAUGGGUAAAAGAAGGCGCGUCGGAGUUGUAUCAGCCGUUAGGUUUUGAUAAGGUUUACGAAGAGUUCAAGGAUCCUGAGGGGGCUUACUAUCCAUUUGCGGCUGGCAGAUGGCAGAUAAUUUGGAACACAGGCAAGCUAGGGAAGAACACCGUCUUGAAGGACUACACCGAUUUUCUGAAGCCUGAAUUUAAAGGCAAGAUGGUGCUUACAUACCCUAACGAUGAUGAUGCCGUCUUGUACUGCUUUGAUCUCAUUCUUAAAACAUAUGGUGCCUCUUUUCUUGAGGACCUUAUCGCUAAUGAGCCCAAAUGGGUUCGCGGCACCGCCACUCCAACUACCUUGAUCAACGAUGCCAACAGUACCUAUGCCAUGACUUUCACUGCUGGAAUUGGCCUUUUUUCGACAGCCAACUCUAGCAUUAAGUCCACCUAUCCCACUUCUGAAUUCAUGACCGGUGUUCAAACUGUCGCCAUAUUCAAGGAUGCUCCACAUCCUGAAACUGCCAAGCUAUUCCACAACUACCUGCUCAGCAAGGACUAUCAGAGCAAUCCUGCUUCAUGGAGCUUUCGGAGGGAUAUUCAGGCGCCUUCUGGUUACCCGAGGUUGAUAACCCAGAAUGGAACAAAAUCCGACUGCUUUCACUCGAUUUAUGAAUGA